AUGGAAGGUGCUAAAGGUAGCGACAAGCCGCGACCUCCAGAUCCAAUUUAUGUACUUCGCAGUAUUAAAUCACCUGUAACAGAUUUAAAUAUAGCUCUUUUAAGCAACAUGCAGUCGUUUCGAUGGUCAAAUAGAACUAUGGAACUUGGAAAGCAAGCGCGUUAUGUCGUCUAUCAAUGGGCAUGGAUGUUCUUCGUCAUGGAAGGGAUGGUAAAGUUAAUGUUUGGAAUUUAUGCGGCGGCGGAAUCGAUAAGAGUGUAUGAGCCUGCUUUAAUUCAUGUGAACCAGAUUACUAUCAAAAAUAUUUGGAAUGGUGAAAAUGUGCAUAAAUUAAAUAUAUCAAAUGAUGGUGGGCUUGGCAUGUGCAUGUACAGUAAAUGCAUAGUAAACGAGCAUUAUGGUAGACCGUAUAUCAUGGCCGGAUACGAAUGUGGAGACAUAAUUCUCUGGGAUGUCGCUGAGCGUAAACCAUUAUGUCAAAAUAAGUGCUUUAAUGAACCGGAUUUAACUUCAACAUAUGCACACGGCUUGGUUGGAUCGGUAGAAAGAGCAAUUACAACCGUGGAAAUAAAUAACAUGGUUCAGUGUUGUCUAUUUAUUAAUGAAAUUUCUUAA